AACACUCCCUCCUCCUCCUUCUCCACCUCUCUUCUUCUCUUCCAUCAUGGCUCCCUCGAUAGACCGACAAGGAUACUGGGGGCAGCCGACGUCCACGUUGGACUGGUGCGAAGAAAACUACGUUGUCUCCCUUUACAUCGCUGAAUUCUGGAAUACUGUUAGCAACCUGAUCAUGAUUCUUCCUCCAAUCUGUGGCGCCAUUCAGACAUAUCGAGACGGCCUUGAGUUUCGCUACAUUUUCUCCUUCCUGGGGCUUGCAGCUGUAGGUAUUGGCUCCUGGUGUUUUCACAUGACGCUGCUGUAUGAGAUGCAGCUCCUGGAUGAAUUGCCGAUGAUUUACAGCACCUGUGUUUUUGUCUACUGCCUAUACGAGUGCUUCAGUCAAAAGAAAAGCAUCAGUUUAUUUCCUAUUGCACUGUUGUUAAUCUUCAGUGUCUCAGUCACUGUUGUGUACCUACAGUGGAAGGAGCCAGUGUUUCACCAGGUCAUGUAUGGUGCUCUCGUGGCUUGCCUAGUGAUGCGGUCCGUCUUCAUAGUUACAUGGGUUUACCCCUGGCUCAGGACCCUCUGUUACACCUCGCUGUGUAUCUUUUUGUUAGGAUUCCUCCUGUGGAACAUUGACAACAUCUUCUGUGACUCAUUAAGGGCCAGUAGGCAAAGUCUGCCCCCUGCUGUUGGGGUACUUACACAGUUUCAUGCCUGGUGGCACAUUUUCACUGGUCUAGGAUCUUAUCUGCACAUACUUUUAAGUCUACAGAUCAGGUCAACCUACCUCAAAUACAGACCAAAUGUUAAGUUUCUAUGUGGAGUUUGGCCCACACUGCACAUCGAGCCUCAGAAGACCAGCUGAGGUGAACCGAGUGGCAGGAGUUCAAGGAUGGUGACUGCCACCUGCUAAUGCCACAGGCGCAGUGACCUGCCACCGCCCACUGCGGCGACCUGGGUUGGUGGGCAGCACACAGGUGGACUCGUAAAGACACCACCCAAAGGAAACUGUGGUAACAUACUGACAAUAG